AUGGUUUCAGAAUUUGCCAUGCCGGGACCAGAGAAGACUCUACAUAAAAAUGAUCCUGUAGCAAACUACUGUACUCAGUAUUCAAAACAUACUGAAAGAAAGUUAGUAGUAUUAGCAAAUAAUUCAACUCUUCUUUUUUUUUUUUUGAAGAUAUCUGUAAAACAAGACCCUCUUCUGAAAAAGAUUUCCGAUGAUACAUUAAAAAAUCAUCCGCAUGGCAAAAUGAUAGGUGCUCCUGAAGUCCAUCAACUGGGGCAGAAUAUGAUAAGGCUGAUCAGGGCAAAAAAAGCACUUGACAUAGGUACGUUUACUGGUGCAUCUGCUGUUGCCUGGUCUUUGGCACUGCCUUCUGACGGUCAAGUGAUUUCGAUGGAUGUGAGCCAUGACGCUUUUAAACAAAUAGGCGAACAAGCAAUAAAAGCUAGGGAAGACGUUGCCAAAAAGAUUACUUUCAAACUUGAACCGGCACUUCAAACUCUUGGUAAAUGA